UGGAAAAUCCAAAAUUAUAUACAGACCAAGAUAAUUCCAACCUAAUUUCAACCCACGCUACCUUCUCUAUUUGAAAAUUUCAAGAACCCUAAAUCCUCUUCAGCUUGUUCUUUGCGAUUUACUCGAAAAUUCGAAAAUUUCAGUGGCCAAUCAAAGAGAACGCAGGUUGGUGCCACUAUUGCGCUGGUGGGUGGGUUUGCCGGAGAUUAAGAUCAAGGUUAGAGCACUGCAUGUUGGGAAGGUUGUUGUUGUCAUAAGUGUUUGCAGGGGUAUUAAUUGUGAAUUUAGCGGCUUCUCUUUAAUUUGAUUGAUUGUAAAGGAUUGCUUCUCGUGUAUUGAUUUCAAGGUUCAGUUCAGUGCGGAGAUAUGGAUUCUUUUGAAUCAAAUGUCAGUUAGCAAUUCGACUAUAAUUUCCAAUUUGCCCUUUUAUUGAACUCUUUAGGGUUUCAAAUGAAUUCAAUUUUUCUUCAAAAAGACAGUGAGCAAUGCUGGGCUUUUCAUAUGGAGAAAUAUUUCUGUUGCUUGGAGCCACUGCCGCUCUGAUAGGUCCAAAGGAUUUACCAAUCAUAUCCAGAACAGCAGGGAGACUUGCUGGUAGAGCUAUUGGAUAUGUACAAUUGGCUCGUGGUCAGUUUGAAAAUGUUAUGCAGCAAUCCCAGGCUCGCCAGGUUCAUAAGGAACUGCAAGACACAAUGGCUCAGCUAGAUGCUAUUCGUCAUGAAAUUCGAAGCAUAUCAAUCAUAAAUCCUGGCCCUUUGACACGAGGAUUUGCUGACAAUCCUGACCAGACAUCUAUCCCAAAUGACUCUAAGAAACCAGAAGAUUCUGGAGAGAAUCACCCGAAUCCCACUGUUAUCAAGGACUCAACUUUUGUGUCUUCUAAUUCGUGCAAUAUGCAAAAUCAAGCAACCAUUUACGCCAGAUUGGCUGAGUCCCCUUCCAUAAAGAAUGAGUUGUCAGCAAUUAGUCCUGAAGUUGAGAAGAUAGAUAACAAACUGCAGCUAACUGUCUUACCCAUAUCCGCUGAAAAUGCUGGACUGUUACCAAAUCGUGGGGCUGAUGUGAAAGGAUCUGACAUAGUUCUAGAAGCAGUUUUGGAGGCAGAGGUAGCUCAUAAAGCAAAGGAAUUUUUUUCGCAGCCCCAAAACCAAACCAAAUAUGAUUGAUUCGGUAAUCCUGCAUAAACAUAGUACCUUAAAAUCUGUAGAUGGUGAAGUUUCUCGCAUUGUUAAAUGCAAAAUAAUAAUAUCGAUUCUUGAAUUUUCAUUUCUAGUUCAGGUUAGAAAAUCUGUUGGAGUUCAUUUUUUCUGAACUGAACUGGUUCCUCUCGGACACCCCCACACCCCUUCUUUCCCCAAGAAAAUAAAAUAAAACCCUCAAACCAUUCCCCCUAACGUAUAACGAGGUUAUGACAAA